AUGUCUCAUUAUCUCCCGACUUCCCUCUCACUCUACAUUCUCACCACUUACACCUCCGUUUUUGGAUUUCUCUUAUUAAUACUGAUAGCAUGUUUCAUCCUCUAUUGGAUCAUCAUCCGAUCCAAAGGAAACAAAAAUCAAUUAAAUAAUACUUUCAUGAUGGCUCUUCAUGUUUCAUCAACUUUAAAAUUAGCUCGGAUCGGAAUGAUUGCACUCUCGUUGCAAAUACUCGAGAUGGCAACAUUUAUUUGGUAUGGAUGGAUGUACGUUCAGGAUAAAUAUCAAAUGGUGUAUUGGUCUGGAUCAAUUGCACUUGUCAUUUUAGAUUAUUUAUUUCAAGUGUGUUUCACAUUGUUUGUUUUGGAAUUAGUUUUUGAAGGAAUUCGAAAGGCAUGUAAAGUAUCGGUGAUGAAAUAUCAUGGAAAGUGGUUUUCUUUUUUCGUUUCCGUGUUGGUGUUUUUGGGAGUGUUUGGAUGUUGUUUUGGAUAUUUGGUCACACCUUUGAUUUUCAUCAUGCAUUUAUUUUGUAAUUUUGUUUCUGUGAAUAUUGUAGAAACAGCUCAUUGGUCAACGAAUUUAUCACACGUGCUGAUUUUAGGAAUUUGCUCCAUAUUUCUACUCGUAUUAAGCUCGAGAAUGAAAAAUGAAUACAAACAUGUGGUGGAUCAUGUCGAUGUGGAUUUUAAUGAAACUGAAGAACAAGUUUCACUCAAGACAAGACAAGCAGCAAGACUCCUCUCAGUGAUGGCUGUCAUGGUGUUGGUGUAUUGUGUUGUGUUUCUGAUGCAGAAUGUCUUUUUAGAAAUUCCACAAAUUUAUGUUAGAGAAUUAAGUGUAUUGGGCUCGAAUACCAUCUCUGAUAAUCUGCAUUUGUGGUUUAACGUUUUACCUCAAUUGUACAUUCCAGUCAUGUUUGUCAUGUGCGGCUUGUGUAUUGGAAGAUUUAACUCGAUUCAAGAUCCCAACAUGUACAUCAAUCAAUAG